GGAGGGAGAGGAGAGAGAAGGAGGAGGGAGGAGGAGGGGGAGGAGGAGAAGGGGGGAGGAAAAACACUAAAGGGGUAGCUAUGGAGAUGGAGCGUUUUCCUGGCUGCUUUCUUUGACAGGUGUUGAGUGGGGCAAAAGUCUUAAAACAGAAUCCAGCAUGUACGCCAAAGGUAAAGGAGCUGUCGUCCCUUCCGAUAGCCAAGCGAGAGAAAAGUUAGCUUUAUACGUGUAUGAGUAUUUGCUGCAUGUCGGCGCACAGAAAUCAGCACAGACCUUCCUGUCAGAGAUCCGAUGGGAGAAGAACAUCACACUUGGGGAACCUCCUGGAUUUUUACACUCAUGGUGGUGUGUAUUCUGGGAUCUGUACUGCGCCGCCCCGGACCGGAGGGAGACAUGUGAACAUUCCAGUGAGGCCAAGGCUUUCCAUGACUAUAGUGCGGCUGCUGCUCCCAGUCCAGUGAUGGGCAACAUGCCACCCAAUGAUGGCAUGCCAGGAGGACCCAUGCCCCCGGGCUUCUUUCAAGGUCCUCCAGGAUCUCAGCCUUCCCCACACACACAGCCUCCCCCACACAACCCCAGUAAUCCCAUGAUGGGACCUCACGGACAGCCAUUCAUGUCUCCACGGUACCCAGGCGGCCCAAGGCCAGCCCUCCGUAUGCCAAAUCAGCCUCCUGGGAGCAUCCCUGGAUCACAGCCUCUCCUACCAAACAGCCUGGACCCCACCAGACCUCAAGGACAUCCAAACAUGGGCGGUCCAAUGAGAAUGAAUCCCCCUAGAGGCAUGGGAGGCAUGGGCCCACAGAACUAUGGUGGAGGGAUGAGGCCCCCUCCGAACUCCAUGGGGCCAGGGAUGCCGGGCAUGAACAUGGGUCCUGGUGGAAGAGGUCCCUGGCCGAACCCCAACUCCAACUCAAUAGCUUAUUCAUCUUCAUCUCCAGGCAACUAUGUGGGCCCUCCAGGGGGAGGCGGCCCACCAGGAACUCCCAUCAUGCCUAGCCCCGGAGAUUCGACAAACUCAAGUGAAAACAUCUACACAAUGAUGAACCCUAUCGGCCCUGGUGGAAACAGACCUAAUUUCCCUAUGGGGCCGGGUCCUGACGGGCCUAUGGGGGGAAUGGGUGCUAUGGAGCAGCAUCAUAUGAACGGAUCACUAGGCUCUGGUGACAUGGAUGGGUUGCCAAAGAAUUCUCCUAACAACAUGGCAGGCAUGAACAAUCCUCCCGGCACUCCGCGGGACGACGGCGAGAUGGCAGGCAACUUUUUAAACCCAUUCCAAAGUGAAAGUUAUUCACCCAACAUGACGAUGAGUGUGUGAUUUUUUUAUUUUAUUUUAUCUUUUAUUUUAUUUUAUUUCCUUUUCAUCUCCCCUUACCCAAAUCUUCCCCCUCCCAUCCACCCUGGUGCGUCUUGCAUUACCUUCCUCUCUCCCUUCCUACCUCCUCCUGGUGGACGGUGUGCCACACAGCCCCUGGGGAUGCACCUGGAAAGCAGGACUCCCCUCAAGGCCCCCCAUCCCAACGCCUGUAAAAUGGGUUUAAGAACAUGAAAAGGCCUCCAAGCGACAGGAAGGGUCCCUUCUCGGAUUCUUCUUCGCCUGCCGGGCCUCGGCACGGGCCCUAGGACAGAAAGAGCCUGAAUCUGCUCCGAGCCUGUCUCUCCCAAAACCCAAAAAACCUGCCCUCAUGGGUGGCGUUCACACCCAAACAAGAUGCCCCGCUGUACCACCACCACUCCAUUAUUUCUCGCUGAUCAUAACUUAUAAGGACACGCGGUUGUUGACUGACAAGGGCCGAAAACCCUCAUUCAAAAACUCCUGUGUCAGGAAUGAUUUAAAAAAAAAAAACAAGAAAAAAAAACAUGAACUGAUAAUAUUAUUUUAGGGCAAGAAUGGUUUUCUUUUUAAAUGUUUGUAUUUUUUGUUUAUUGUUGGUAAUAUUAUUGUUAUAAUUUUCAUAAUUGAUAUUAUUCUACUAAUGUAGUUAUGAUUUCCUGUAAAGGGCACAUUUUAUCUCAGCAGCAGCAUCAACAAUGACAGAAUAAGCACACUCAUUUGAAAAAUGCACAAUGAUUUUCUGUUUACAUGAUUUAAGGCUAUUUGAUGUUUGUCUUGUUUUUGUUGUUACAGUCUAUCACACAUCACAUACCUCUCCUUUAAAUUAAACUGAACUUGUAGCUCGAGUUUUUGACAGCUAAAUGUUGGUAGCACCAUUUGCAUAAACAUUCAAAGUAAUCGGGAUAAUUGACUGUCUUAACCUAAUGAAGUAGUUUCUGCUGUAGUAUUUUAGCUAAAACUACACAACAGUUAAAACAGAGGCUUUCUCAGAGCACUGCUGUUUCCUGGUACAAAACAUCUGCUGAUGCACCUGAAUCAUCAUCUAGCUAUCUUGUCUUAAUACGCCCCGUUCUCACAGUUUUUACUACAUGGGAAAAGCUCUGAGGUGCCAGUUCUCAUUCAUAAAUCAACAGAGCAAGAGAGCAUCUCUUCAAUGGAUUUGUCUGUAAAUACAACAUAUUUAGCUUGUAUCGUGGUUGUUUUAUUAUUUGUUAUUUACAAGUUGUCUGUGAAUCCUAAAACGUGUUUCCUUCCCCUCCAUUACUUGGUUUGAUUUCAACAUCACUGUGGACUCCCAAGUGGCAUUGUUUUCCUCCCAGGGUUCAUUCCGGUCUCUCGCCAAGGCCGUCUUUUAUUUUCGGACUUGGAGAUAAAGUAGGACCUUGGAUACACUUGUGAAGCCACCUGCUUUCUUGCUUGAAGUUUGGAGUGAACUCACAGAUUCUGUGUAAUACACUUUGAUUACCGAGAAAAAGUCGAGCAACAACAGUCUCCUUGGAGCUCCCAUCGACCAAAUCCUCUCAACGAAUCCCAUAUGUUCGGGACAGAGGAUCCAGAGUAAAUGGGAGACUGUAGCAGCGUGAAUGAUGGGAGCAGAGUGAUGCACCUUGUGGUAAACAGAUCAUGCAGCCACAUCGGUCUGAGGAAGAGGAAACAACAAUGGGACGCUUUUUGUUAUGGAUAUUUCUGUUUGUUUUCAGCAGAUUGUUUUUAUUUUUUAAUGUAUUCAACUGAGAAGAAAUGCCCGUAGAAUCUGCACACAAAGAAAAUCAUAGUUACAUCUUACGCUAUUUAAUUUCUUUUUGUAUGUUAUGUUCGGCCUGAUCAGCUCUCUGUUUCAAAAGGAUACAUAAUCUCUCAUGGCAUCACACUGCAGCACUUAACGUCAUUGCUGUGUUCAAAACAAACAAUAACUAAACAACCAUUGUAGCCUCUAUGGGUGAUGGUGACGUACUUAUCAAUUUUCUGAUAUCAAUGUGAACAGAUUGUACCCAGAGUUCAACAAGGACAUCUCCAGGAUUUGGCUAUUGGUGGCCUGGGACACACUCUCCAGUGUUCCUUCAAUGUAGUUUCACACACACACACACACACACACACACACACACACACACCUCCCCCGUCUAUCCUCCAAUCCCACCCCUCACCCCCAGGAAACGUCUCCCCUCGCUUCUCUUUUUAAUUUCCUUUUUUGUAAAUACUGUAUAAUGCAUUUUGAUAUCAUUGACAUGUUUUGAUAUGUCAGUCACUACCAAUGAAUACAGUUGAAAGUAAAUUAUAAAUAAAACUGUCCAUGUUUUUUCAUAGAGAAAGGAUGACUAUUUGACACAUGUGGCUAAAUUUCCAUAAACGUGUAUAGAAUACAGUCAACACAAUAAAUGAAGACUGUAUGCUAAAGACUUGUAUGGGUGGGGAGGGUAGGACAGAGAGAGGACAGGACAGAGAGAAGCAAACUGUGGCAUCCUCACUCUGUCCUCUUCUCCUUGUGUUUCAGUUUUACUAUUGGCUUAGUAAAUCGUUUUUUUCAAAGGGCAUCUUCUCCCGAAAAAAAAACAUGUGACCUCUUACUGCAGUUUUUAAUAUGAAGGAUUUUUAUCAAUUUAAGAGAUCUUUUAAAAAGCUAAAAGUACUUAAGAGAACCUCAUUUUAAAUUAAGAAUAGAUCAAAAGUAACUGUGUCCUUUGCUAUUCCUGUUAUAGCGUUGUAUAGAUGGAAGCUCUCUCACUGAUCCUCUCUCAGUCCUCUGUGUAUAUCGAUCGUUGGCCAUCUCUGUACUUCUAUUGUGAUGUAUAAUACUGUACCAUUAGGAAGAUUUGCUGGUCGGGUGCGGGUGGUUAUGUUGAGUCGGGGAGGGGUGGGGGUUCAAUGGAAUGGGAUAUAAAUGAUUCUCCUGUACCAUUCAUGGUCCUUUCUGAUGACACGGCAGUAUUCAAUAUGAAGCAGUCUGUCUCUUGGGUUUGCUUUGUAUUUUCAUGGUAGGAUAGUUCAGAAAUCUUGUCUUAGGGACUUAGGUGUCUUGUGUAGGUAAUAAAGAUGUUCUUUGUAUGUUUCUUUAUAUUGUAAAGUUUCUUUAGACUGAAAGAAAAACAGAUGAUUUGCUUAUCAAAAAAGAAACAAUGCAUCAAUAAUAAAUGUAAUUUGAUUUUU